AGUUUCUGGUCAAGGGCAUAUUUUGACUCCGUUAUGGCGUUAUCUACUGAUAAUGAAAUAUUGAUACCCAUUAACCCAUCUUAAGUCCUUCGGUACCCUUGAUUUUGGGGGUGGGUAUGGAAUCUAGACAUGCAAAUCGUAGAAUAUAUCACUUUGCUUCUAGCUGUAGAAAAAAGUAAAGAACUUUAGGAAACCCCAAGAACCAAGCAAAGGAUUUAGAGCAGAUAUCAUGACACUGGAGGGACAGGAUAGACUCAUUUUGCAGUCUGUCCCAAAUGGAAGAUGACGGAGACUAUCCCGAACCCGAAUCUGGCAGUGGUGGAAUCAACUUGAAUGGGAGAAAUGUUGGUGCGGUGAUGGUGGCGCCUAGGGAUGUAGACAUAGCGAGUCAAAGUGGUUGCAGGAUCAACAUCUACGUGAACAGCAAUGUUCAAGCAACAUGUGGUUCAGCUUUGAUCGGUAGCAAGGUUAAGCUAAGAGAUCCCGGUGUUCAUCUCCAUAUCAAAGAUGUUAAAAUGACCCGCGACGAUAACAUAUCUAGACAGAAGGAGAUGAGCUUGAUUAAGGUUGGGUUAUGUUUGGUCUGUCUCUUUAACAUCUUUUUAGUAUUCAUUCUCUUCCUCUCCUCUUGGUUCCGGAAGAAAAUUGGUUCCGUAUAGAUCUCUCCUCAUGAACUGAUGUUCAUGCUAAGAAGUAAGAACUAUCUCGUCCAUAAUUACUUCCUCGAUUAGUUGCUUAUCUAUUAUCAAAUGUUAAACUAUUCCAGUAAGUUGAUAUCUAACGGUCAAAAACACAUUUUAUGUUGUAUUAAUUCAUAUCAUUCCAGAUUAAAUCGAAGAUUAAUGCUAUAUGGUCCA